CGCUCAGAGAUCUCGGUGGUGUAUUUUUCAUCCCCACUGGCCAGUGGGUCGAAAGUAGCAAAUAUUCACAUUCUCAUCACAGCAAGCUGGAUGGACGGACGGACUGACGGCGGACGGCCACCCACUCACUCACUCACUCGCAUGUCUACACGUUACCUUUGUGAGCAAUCAGCGGCUGCACACGUCUGUUGGUUCACUGGACGAAUCAGUAGAGUCCGCCUCGCCACCAUGGCGGCCCCGCCUCGAUGCGAGUGCCGUUCAGCUCUAGUACAGCCGCGUGCAGACCUGCACAAGACACACACACACACACACAAACACACACAGGCACACACGUACACACACCCCUCUGCACACGCCCAUCUGUGCGAGUAUCGUACCGAUCGGUAUUUCCGGCUCUGCUGCCGUGUCCAUCAGCCGCUUGGCCGCCAUGGGUCCGUUGGUCGUUGUGGGGGCGACCUGUUCGUCUUUCUCCGAUAGCGUGUGGACGAAAAAGCCGCUCAUCGGUGCGUACCUACACCAGACAAAGCACCAUUUGCAGGUAUGUGACUGUGUUUGGCGUGUGUGUGUGUGUGCUGCGUACAUGGUGUCCCCGACGAUCGGCGCCCCCAUUGCUGCAAACUGUGCCCGCAGCUGGUGUGUACGGCCUGAUGAUGAAAAGCACACACGCAUUCAUGGACUGAUCGGUGUGCGCAGGUGUGCCACAUACACCAUGGCACAUACCAGUGAUGAGCUCAACUUGUAGCUCAUAGUAGGGAGAUGCCCCGUCCUGACGACACAGCAGCAUAAGUGCAUCCAUGUGUGGCUGGCUGGAUACAUGCUUCCCUUCCCAUCUCUCUCUCCCUCUCCCUCUCCCUCUCUCUGUGUGUGUGUGUGUGUGUGCGUGCGUGUGUGUGUGUGUACCUGCAGCAGCCCUUCCAGCCUCUGCUGCAUUCUCGCCUCGUUUUGAGAACUGCCGACACACACAGGAGUCACACAGAUAUACACCUUCCCAAACACAGACGGAUCUACUUCCGCUCACUCACAUGGUUCUGUCCCAUUCUGCGUCGAUCGCAAAGGCAGGCCACUCAUCAGAGGGGGGCGGGGCGGACCGGUCGCUGGCUGACAUCUGCACAAGUACACACACACACAAAGAGAGAGAUGGAAAUGUGAGCAUACAGAUCCGUGUGUACGCGGACCGUCAGCUGGUCGGUGACAUCAGUGCACGAGAGCACCACACACUUGCAGUCCUUCCAGCCGUCGAUAGGCGACUCGCUCACGAGACGGGGCGCCUGCGUGUUGAGGUUCAAUGCUGGACCUGCACCCAUCCAGCGUGAAUGCAUUGUGUGGACGAGUGCAUGGGUGUUGGGGUGAGGGAACCUGGUGGCAUGUAGUGCUGGAUGACGCCGUUGUCGAAUGGCUUCCGCACCAGGACACGGUACACCUUGCGCAUCUCGCCGAUCGCCCGCUCUGCGUCUGCAUGAAGGUGGGCCAUAUGCCCAUCCAAUGGGCGAGACGGUCACCCACCUACCUGCAGCUGAGCCAUCGGCUGACUGCUCCUCCCUGAAUCACACACCAGACACCAGACACACACCACACACACGACGGGAAGAUACACACGCACAUACAGCUGUCCUUGAGCCCGCAUAGACGGACGUACACGUGUGUGGCUUUGCCGUUGAGAGAUCUGUGUUCCAUCCACCGCGUGAAGUGCCGCGCGGCCUUCUUGCGGCGGGCCACGCACACCAGCCCGGUGGUCGCUAUGUCCAGCCGAUGCAGCGCUAUGAGAUCUGCAGCCAGUCCCACAACGCGCACCGAUGGAUGGAUGGAUGGAUGUGUUGUGUGUGCCUGUGUCUGUGUCUGUGUCUGUGACUGUGUGUGAGUGUGUGUAUGCUUGCGUGCGUACUGUCUUCCUGCAGGCCUCGUUCAGCGGCACCGUGCAAACACUCCCUAUGCAGGAUACACACGUAUGCCUCCUCAAUGUCAACGCGUGUGUGUGACUGUGUGUGUACCUGUAGUUGGACACAUGUGGCUGGCAGGGCAGCCCAAAGGGCUUCUCGAGCACCACAAAAUGCUCACACGAAUGGCGCACACGCGACGGCCAGUCCACAUGCACACCUACACACACACAGAGACACACUAAUGUAUCCACCCGGAUGUGCCGCGUGUGUACGUCCCUCCUGCGCACACAACGCACCUCUCUGUCGCUUGGGUUUGAGGUGCACUCUGAUGAGAAACCGCUCGUUGCCUUUGAUGCUUAUGGCCCCGUCUAUCCGGUUGCGCCGGUAGUGGCUCUUCAGCUGGGCUCGCAAUGUGGCGGCGGGAACUGCGUGCACACACAUGGACUGUCAGGACGGUGUGUGUGCUGUCUGUGUGCGUACCGUUGUCAGCAGGUGGGUUCUCUGAUAUGUACACGCAGCCAAGGUCGAUGAGCCACAAGGCGCCCUCCCUGUCAGGCACCUGCGCAGACGCAAAAGCCCACACGCACAGACAGACACUCAUGGAACCGGCAUCCUCUCUACAUGCGCACACACCUGUGGCAGUGCCUCCAUAAUGACGUCUGAGAGCCGAUACUCACCCUCAUGCUGACAGAUGACAACACACAGACAGACAGAGAGACAGACAGAGAGACAGACAGACAGACAGACAGCUCUACACAGGAGUCCGUCUUGUCCCUCCUCACACACACACAUACCGUCUCAUCUUUGAGUUUCAUCUCGAUGACGUAGACGUCCUGCCACUGGUGCCCCAGGGUGCUGGUGUACCCACUGCGCGUCCACGUGAGGUUGCGCAUCACCUGCUGCCGACAGGAGGACGGGGGAAACGGGUGCAGAAAAUCUCGCUCGUCGCCCUGAAACACAGGCAGACAGAUGACCCACAGACGGACAGAUUGAUUCACCAUCAUCCACAUGGUUGCUUGUGUCCCGUAUGCGUGUGUGUGCGUCAUUCUCUCACUUUGAAAGGCGUCAGGGCUGCAUGUUUUCUUCUCCUGCCUUCUGCUGGGGCAGGGUUGAACUUGGAGUAGGGCAGAGAUGGGUCGCUGACACAACAUUCAUCGCACCAACACAGACAGACAGACAGACAAUACAGCCAAAGCAGGCAGGAAUCAUCCGUUCAGAUCUGUGCAUAGUCGUGUGCGCUGAUCUGUCCAUCCAUUCACCGACCUGAUUAAUCGGAAAGAUCCAGCCUGGAAUAGACCAAAGGCAAGCAACACAACAGCACAGACGAGCGCUAGCAUCCGCCGGAAAACGCCGCGUUCUGCAACCCCGGG